GUGCUGGCUGGUAGUGGGCGGUCCCUCGUCGGCUCCUCUCUGAUUGGUCCAGCACUCAGCGUCUCUCUUCCUCAUCGGUGAGCCCAUUGAGUGGUGGGUUAAUACAGAAGCUGCUGUUAGUGCCUUACCAACGCUGCUCUCACUACAUAAUGGCAACACUUUCCCAAACAAAAGAAAUCUUUCGGAGAGCAGAGGCUGUCUGUUUCGACGUGGACAGCACUGUUAUCAAAGAAGAAGGCAUAGAUGAACUUGCCAAAUUUUGUGGUGUUGGGGAUGCAGUCACUGAAAUAACCCGGAAAGCUAUGGGUGGCUCAAUGACAUUUAAAACCGCCCUGAAUGAGCGUCUUUCCAUCAUCCGAUGUUCCAGAGAACAAGUGAACAAGCUGAUCACAGACCACCCACCUCAGCUGACUCCAGGUAUCAGGGAGCUUGUGGACCGUCUGCACCAGUGCAACAUAAAGGUGUUCCUCAUCUCAGGCGGCUUCCGCUGCAUCGUUGAACACGUGGCCACGCAGCUAAACAUUCCUCUGCAUCAUGUUUACGCCAACCAGCUCAAGUUCUACUUCAAUGGAGAGUAUGCUGGCUUCGAUGAGAGCCAGCCCACAGCUGAGAGUGGCGGAAAAGGAAAAGUCAUCAGUAUGUUGAAGGAACAAUACAGCUUCAAGACCAUGGUGAUGAUUGGAGAUGGAGCCACAGAUCUAGAGGCAUGCCCUCCUGCUAAUGCUUUCAUUGGAUUUGGUGGGAAUGUCGUCAGGCCGCAGGUGAAGGACAAGGCCUUGUGGUACGUGACAAGUUUUGGGGAGCUGCUAAAGGAACUGGAAAAGAUUUAAAGACACUAAGAAGAGUACUGUUAUUAAUUUUAACAUUUUAUAUUUGCGCCUAAGGGUGUGCCUUUGAUGGUUUUAUGCCCGGCACAUGUUUCCUUCUACUCAAUAGAUUUUAUAAUAAAUAAUGUUUACACUAGUAAAUUUACCUUCAUGGGGGAUGUUGCCCUAUUGACUUUUAUACUAGAAAAUACUAACAAAGUAACCAAACACUGUUUGUGGAGGUUAAAAUGAAGUUUUUGCACUUUUUGCAUCAAAGUCUUUAGGUAAGCUAAUACAACUCCUGCAUAUUAUCACAUGUGCAAUGAAUAGAAAUGUUUUAUUUCUGUAUGGAUAUUAAGAGCUGUAACCAGACAUGUCAGAGUGUUAAGUCCUGUAAAGAACAUCGGCAUUAAACGUAACAUGCUGUCAAAAACUGC